AUGGGGCCUUCGGGCAGUGGCAAGUCCAGCUUGCUGAACGUGCUCACCGGCCGUGCCCUGCACUACGGAGAUGUUACCGGCGAGAUGUUUGCCAACCAUGAACCCAUUCCAGAGGGGAUCGAGUCGAACUUGAAGACAAAGAAUGCUUCUGGAUUCGUCCCCCAAGACGACAUCAUGCACACAGAGCUUACCGUUUACGAGAACGUCUACUUCGCUGCGCGCUUGCGGUUGGCGCCCAACACGGGCCUCACCGCAACUACCGCGCGAGUGGAAAGCGCAUUGAAAGAUGUGGGGAUCUGGCAGGUGAAAGACUCAGUGGUGGGCGGCGCAGAGGUGCGGGGCAUCAGCGGGGGCCAGCGGAAGCGCACCUCCAUCGCCAUGGAGCUGGUUGGCCAGCCCUCUGUGCUGUUCCUGGAUGAGCCCACCAGCGGUUUGGACGCAGCGGCCGCACACUCCGUUGCCGCGCUGCUCUGCGCGAGAUCAAAGCGGCACUGUACAACUGUGGCCGUCAUACACCAGCCGCGCUGGCAAACGCUGGACUGCUUCGACAAUGUCGUUCUACUGGCUACGGGAGGAUAUCUCGUCUACUCCGGUCCUGUCCGAGACUCUGUGAAGUACUUCACGGAAACUUUACAUGCCACCAUCCCCGAGCUGGCCAACCCCGCGGACCACUUCCUGGAUUUCAUCGACAGCUCCGCAGCGGAGGCAGAGGUUGCCAUGUCGGCAGCGGAUUUGGCCAACUCCUGGGCAGCCUUCAACAACACUGAAUCCUUCAGGACGGCGACGGAGUGUCCGGCGCUGGCCUCCUAUGAGAAGAUGAGACCAGGGGUCUCUGAGACAUUCUGGACACUCUACCUGCGCUGCUGCUUGCAGGUCUGCCGUUCCUGGCGUCAGCGAGUGACCAACUUGUGCCUGGUGGCGCUCUUCCUCUGCGUGGUGCGGCUGUUGCUGGGCGAUGACGGAGGCUUUGAGCAGAUCCUGGUGAAGCUGGGAAUUGCACAGUCCAUGCUGAUGCUUCCUGUGUGCAUCCACAGUAUGUAUGUCUUCAGCAGCGAUCGCCUGGAGCGACAGCGAGAGGACACCGCAGGGAUCCCCACGCUAGCACAAUACCUGGCCAAGGACUUCUGCCACUUUGUGGAGCUUCUGAUCUUUGCCACCCUUUGGACAGGCAUCUACGGGCCCUUCGCCCGUGUGGGCGUGAGCCCCUGGACAUUGCUGCGGCUUUCAGUGGCCCAGUGCUACUUGGCCUUCGGCAUCUCCUUCUUCUUGUCGGUGAACUUGCCGAGCCAAUCCACCGCCACGGUGACCAUCAUGCUGCUGCUGGUGGUAGCGCAGCUUUGCUCCGGCUGCGACCUCAUUGCGUUUGGCGAUGUGCACGGCGCUCUGCGUGGAGUAGGAUGGGUGAUCUUCAUCCUGUCCCCAUCUUUUUACACGGUGGAGCGCGUGUUGCCGAUCUUGCUGAAUGAGGGCUGCACAGAGCCGGUGCGCCGAGCGGUGUGCGACGGCUUUCUCCAGAAGAAGGGGGUGAGUUGCGACCCGCCGCCAUCCCACGGCAAGUCCAUCGGGGUCUUCGGGGCCUUGACGGGGCAGACGGCUUUCCUGGCGGACAUGAAGCAGUCCUACAUCUUCCUGUCCUCGGACCUGCAGCUGGUGAUGCUCGCGCUGGCCCUGCGCGCCAUCACCCUCUUCCAGAUGCAGCUGCGGGAGGGCCGAGGUCUGCAAGGUGGCCGGCGCGAGCGUUUCCUUUGUCGCCUGGCGCUCGCGCUGUUUGCUACCUUCCUCAUCCUCACCAUUCCCAUGACGCCAAACUCGCCGGACGCUGGUUGGCUAACAUCCUGA